GUGUAAAAUUCGACCUUUUCAAAAAUUCAUUUUCCAACUCAAUGACGUGAAUUUGGAGGAUUUAACUCGGACUAUAUAAAGUGGUGGCGCUUUCAAGAACUAGCAUCAUUCGAAACUUCAGUAAACGUUAACGUAGAUAACGAAAAUCAAAAUGAAGACUUUAUUCUGCUUUUUGGCGGUCUGCUUGACUACGGUUCUUGCAGCAGGAUAUGGUGGCUGGGGUUAUGGUGGCUAUGCUGCUGGGUGGCCAGCUAAGAAUGGAUGGGGAUAUGGUGGUUGGGGAAAUGGUGCCUGGCCAGCUAAGUCUGCAUGGGGUUAUGGUGGAUGGCCAGCUGCUCGAGGCGGUUGGGGAUGGGCCGGUCAUGCUGGCUAUGGAAGUUGGGGGUGGCCAGCUGCUCGUGCCGGUUGGGCUGGUUGGAAUGGUGCAGGUUAUGCUGGUGCUUGGAAUCGUGGUUACGGAUGGGCAGGACACGGAAAUGCUUGGGGUGCGUGGAAGAAACAGUAAGAGGCUACUAAGUUUGAAAGAUUGUACAAAUUUUAUUUUAAGGUUUAAGAGUGCACUGCAAUAAAUGUAGAUAUUUAGAAGCAUAAA